AUGUUAGUCUUCCGUGUCCGGGGUACAUUGACACUACGAACCAGCUCCAGAACAUGGUCUAUUCUAUCCUGUCUUGUGCCUUGGGCGGAUUCUUGCUGGGACAUUUUAUUGCUGUCAAUUAUAUAUGAACCUGAGUCCUCUCAUCCCUGCAAAGCCAAGUUUCAAGGGAAUGAGGCUGAGCAACAGAAAAAGCAAAUAAGGGAAGAGCAGCAAAAGCGAGGGAGGGGGAAAAAAAGAAGCACAAUGUGCGUCAUGCAUCCACGUUCAGCCAGCCAUUUCUCUCAAGGCCUUCUCAUGAUGGUGCUCCCUUUCCCUUCCCUCCCGUCGGAUUUUGCCGUUUAG